AGAUGAACAUACCCAAAAUUCUACACUUAAUGGUGCCUACAAAAGGACGGCCUUUCGCCGUCGCGAAUAUCUCAAAUGCUCUUGCACUCACAGACUUUUCCCAGUAACACAAGACCAUGAAACUCAUUCAGACUCGGUCCUAUCAGUUGACUGAGUUCACCGACCUCAACCUACCUCCCUUUGCGGUGCUAUCGCACGCCUCAACUUUGUUUCCUUGCGGAGUUCCGAAACUUUCAUUGCAGUCAACACCUAUUCAUCUAAGUCCUACCAUUACUCAAGCCUGCCAUGAGGCAAACUCUCGUGGCCUGGACUUCCUCUGGAUUGGAUCUGUGUGCGUUGACAAGACCUCGUCCUUGGAACUGCAACACGCUGUAAGCGCUUCCUUUCGCUUGCUUCAAGCGGCAACAGUAUGCUUUGUAUAUCUUAAAGAACUCUCUCCGUCAUCUGUCUUGCUGGAAGAAUGUUGGCGCCACUGCAGAUACUGGACUCGAAGCUGGACACUCCAGGAGCUGGUUGCACCUCCAAACGUAGAGUUCUUUGAUGCCGACUGGAACUACCGAGGUGCCAAAUCGUCACCAUAUCUUCUCGAUAUUCUUCAGAAUAUUACCCGGAUCGACAAAGAAAUCUUAUCAGACAUCAAAGCCUUCUCACGGGUUGCAAUCGGAGUCAGACUGUCGUGGGCGGCCGGACGAGAAGCUACUCGGACCGAAGACGCGGUUUAUUCCUUGGUAGGCAUUGCUGGAAUUAACAUUUCCAUUAGAUACGGCGAAGGAUUAACACAAGCAUUUGCUCGUCUUGUUAACAAGAUAAUACGUAAUAACAUGGAUGGCUCUAUCUUUGCCUGGACCAGCAACGAUGACCAAUUUGCCCGGGGACUUCUCCCACGAUCCGUGGAUGAGUUCCGCCAUCUCUCGGGUACAGACGAGUUCCCUUUAUUUCAGCAGCCUUGGACUUUCGACGGCAAUGUUCAAUUUCAUCGCAACGGUCUUCUUCUCGACACACUGACAUCAUCGAGAGAUUCCUCCCUCAUAUUGGAAAUCUGCUCUACUUCCGAGAAACGACUCGGCAUCCGUAUUCAGAUGUGGGAGAACAAUUUCGUUCGAGUUAGCUCACGAGAACUUGUGCAGGGGUUCAAGGACACCAAACAUUGUCGAAUUCUGGCAGCCCGCGACAUAGAUGCAGAGACAUCACAGAGCAUCAGCAACUUAUCUAAGAAGAGAAAGAGAUCGGGUCAACUGAUGGCUAAUAUCAGCGAAUGCUCGGCCAGUCCACUUGGGUCUACCCACACCAGCUCGUCCUGCCUGUUGCAUGAAGAUGCUUGCAGCCCAUGUAGCUACCCCGAGGAUGUCUUGGGCCUGGAGGUUCCCAACGUCGGCGAUGAGAAGGGAGAGGAUGAAGAUGCCGAUGAUGGCGACAGGGAGUGGCAAACCCAUACAAUUGAAGUGCACGAAAGAACAUCACUGGUCCCGAAUCACGAGUUCCGAACCGAGCGCAAUGGCCUGCUCCGUCAUUUCAGCCAACGAGUACGAAAGUGGGCAGCUUCAACAAACUACACUACACCACGAGGUAGCCGGCUGCCUCGGAAGAGAAUAAAGAUCAUGGACUCAGAGUCGCACUACACGAGUGAGGAGUCGGAUUUCGAGGAUAUUGAAGAUGUCCCGAACGACAUCAGUAUCAUACCCCCCGUCGACGGUUAUUUUCAUCUUGCGUGCCCAUUCUAUGCGAUAAAUCCUGUUAAAUAUCAGCAAUGUCUGUUAAAUGACGAUCUGCGAUCGAUAGAGGGCGUUGUGGAACAUACUCGAAAACACCACUGGAAGCCGCCAUAUUGCCCUAGAUGCCGAAUCAUCCUUGAAACAACGAUGGCUAGAGACAAUCACAUCCGGGAACAGGUAUGCGAGGUUCGAAAUCCUAGUAGAAUUGAAGGAAUUGAUGGAAACCAGCUGAAGAGGAUCAUGGAUGUAACGACGUGGGAGUUGGGUGAGGCGGAGACGUGGGCAGGCAUUUUCGCGGUGGCAUGUCCUGAUGCCCCGGCCUGCGCCUCUCCUUACCUUAUAGACGACCUCGGUCUUCAGGUAUCCAAAAUUCGGGACUAUUGGAACAGGAAGGGCAGGGAAUAUAUUGAGGAGUAUGUGUCCGGGAAAGGCUUUUUGUCCCUAGACCGGGACGAGUUUGGAGCGCUGGAAGUCUUUCAUUCCCUGACUUUGGCUGACUUGGUGUAGGAAAUGGUCACGUUCGGUACUCAAAAGUAGAUAGUGGUUGAAUUUUCCGUAAUAAUAUGAGCUAUGUACGGGCAGUGUAUGAAAGGGAAAAUCGACAAGCCUUGUAAAAUCCACCAAAAACUCCUUUAUAGCGCGGAACAUCAAUAAAUGUCAG